AUGGGUCGCAUCAAGAAGAAGGGAGAGGCUGGAAACGCCAAAAACUUCAUUAGCCGCAACCAGGCUAUCAAGAAGCUGCAGCUCAGCCUGCCCGACUUUCGAAAGCUAUGCAUCUGGAAGGGCAUCUACCCGCGAGAACCGAGAGACAAGAAGAAGGCUUCCAAGACAUCCACCCCCUCGACCACCUUCUACUACUCCAAGGACAUCCAGUAUCUGCUUCAUGAGCCACUGCUCCAGAAGUUCCGUGAUCAGAAGGCCCUUGAGAAGAAGAUCUCACGCGCCCUCGGUCGAGGAGAUGUCGGUGACGCCGCCCGUCUCGAGCGCAAUGCGGUCCGCCCAGAGAAGAACGGCAAGCCGCGCUAUACUCUCGACCACGUCAUAAGAGAACGCUAUCCCACCUUCAUUGAUGCCCUCCGAGACCUUGACGACUGCUUGUCGAUGCUGUUCCUCUUCGCCAACCUCCCGUCCACCUCAACCGUUCCCGCGAAGAUGAUCGCUCGAUGUGAGAAACUGUGCUUGGAAUUCGAACACUACCUCAUCGUGUCACACAGCCUGCGAAAGUCUUUCUUGUCGAUCAAGGGAAUAUACUACCAGGCCACCAUCCAAGGCGAGGACGUGCUCUGGUUGGUGCCGUACAAGUUCAACCAGCGAGUGGUUGGAGAUGUCGACUUCCGUAUCAUGGGUACCUUUGUUGAGUUCUACAUGACGCUGCUGGGUUUCGUCAACUACAGGUUGUACACCUCGAUCGGUCUGAAAUACCCACCAAAAUUCGACCAAUCCAAGGACGAUCAAGGUGGAGAGCUUGGUGCCUUCACCCUGGAGGGCGCCAACAUCGCAACGACUCAAGAUGAGCCCAAGCAACUGACGAACGGAGAGAGCGAGCACGGCCCCGACCCCAAAGUCCAGGCUCAGGUCAACAAGUUGGUGCGAGAAAUGAGGGAUGGCGAGACGAAUGGCGACGACCAGAAUGGCGAGGGCGCGGACGUGGAGAAUGAGGAGGAGCCUACGGACGCCAUUGACAAGUUCGAGCCCGCGGUCCCUGGCGGUGAUCUCCUCCCUCAGCCUUCAUACAGCACGAACGAUCCUGCUCAACUAUUCUCAAAAUGCACAUUCUUCCUCGGGCGUGAGACACCGCGGCAACCACUCGAGCUUAUUCUGCGUUCUUUUGGCUGCAAGCGCAUAGGAUGGGACUCGGUGUUGGGCGAGGGCGCAUUCACCACGAAUGAGCUCGACCCCGCGAUAACACACCAGAUUGUCGAUAGGCCGCUUAUUCAAGCUGCUGUGGAGGCCAAUGGCGACGGAGAGGACAAUCAGACCUCUCAAAAGCUUGCACCAAACCAGAGGGUACCUGGUCGGAUCUACGUGCAGCCGCAAUGGGUUUGGGACUCAAUUAACGACGAGGAGCUGAAGGACACCAACCUCUAUGCCCCUGGGGCUGAGCUGCCGCCGCAUCUGAGUCCCUUCGUGAAGCCCGUUCAGGGCCAGUACGAUCCUACUAUCGCCCUCGAGGAGCAACAGACUGAGGCCGAGGCUUUGGCUGACAGCGAUGCUGAGAUAGACGAGGAAGCAACUGGCAUGGAUGCCGACAACUCGGAGGACGAGGAAGACGCUAAGGACGACACGUUCGGAGGCUUCUCGGGAGAGGAGGACGAAGCGGAGGACUCAGAUGAGGAAGAAUCGGCCGCAGCGCAGAGGCAACUCGAGUUGGAGGCUGAGCUGACAGGCAAGCCAGUCAAGUCCAAGCAGCAAACGCCCAAGGAGAAGAAGAAGGCUGAGGCCCGCAAGGUCCUGGAAAAGAAGAACAAGGAGGAGGCUGAAGAACUGGAGAGGGCCAAGGGUAUGUUGAGUAAGAAGAAGAGGAAGCUGUUUGAGCAGAUGCAGUAUACCAACACAAAGAAGAGCGCCGAGGACGAGAAGCUGCGCUCCAAGAGGAGAAAGAUCGAGAAGCAAAAGGGCAAACGGGCGUAA